UCCGGGUAAAUAGUUUGGGAUCCUGAAAGUAAAGGGGCAUUUUCAGGUAAUUAUUUUGCCUGCAGUGAGCAUUUGUGUUUCUUUUUUUUUUUUUUUUUUUUAAAUUAAUUUUUUUUUAUACUAUGGGUAUAAUGGCUUAAAUCCAUUUAUAUGAAACCCCACCCUGGAGACCUAUGGCUGAUAUUCAUUUCACCACAAACAUGUAUGCGUGUAAGUGUGUACAUUUGUGUAUAUAUAGACACACAUACAUACCCCUUCAAAUUAACUCUCCAUAUCUUCACAAUAUUCUUUUUCUUGUUCUUUUUCCUUUAUUUUAUAGAACGAUUGAACUUUCUUGGAAGAAGCAAGAAUGAUGAAAAGAACACAUUUUAGUGACUUACCAGAAGAUUUAGUGAUGGAGAUUUUGUCAAGAUUGCCCGUAAAAUCUCUCCUACAACUCAAGUGUGUCUCCAAGAAUUGGUAUGUUUUAAUUGAAAAUCCAGUUUUCAUUCAAAAACACCUUCACCAUAUCAACAACCCCACAAGUUAUUUUGUUCAUCAUUAUUUUCUUGAUACAAUGAAAUCUGGUUUCACUUUGUUCAAUGAACAAAACCAAUUAGUUGCAAAAUCCCACUUGUACCAAGAUGUUUUAAACACAUCUACACAUUUAUGGGAAGUUCUUGGUCCUUUAAAUGGUUUAUUUUUGCUUUACAAUGAUCAAGAAGAAGUUGCACUAUGGAACCCUGCUACUAAAGAAUUUAAGCCUCUCCCAAUUUCACAACCCCUAAAUUGCCCUUCAUUUAGUUUGUCUUCAUAUAAAUUUGGUUUCGGAAUUGAACCCUCGAGUGGUGACUAUAAAGUCGUCUGGAUGAGAGAUUACUGGGAUGUAUAUUCUGAAGACUGGCAUUUGCCUACGAUUAUUUCGGUCUAUACACUAAGUACAAAUUCUUGGAAAAAUUUCGAAGAAUUCAGCGUUUCUAGUCGUGACAUGGUCAAGUCAAGUGGUAACACAUACUUGAAUGGAUUUUAUUACUGGAGAGCACGUCAAAAUGAUAAAAUCUUUGCAUUUGAUAUGAGCAAUGACACAAUUGUAGAGAUUCAAACACCAAAGUCAUUUACGUCAAAACAAUGGGAUUUAUCAUUGUUCAAUGAUUUCAUUGCUAUGUAUAUUUAUGAGCCAAUAAGUGUUGGCAGAGAAACAUGUAUUGACAUAUGGAUCAUGGAGAAAGAAGGCUAUUGGGCAAAGAAAGCGAGAAUUGGCCCUUUUCUAAAUAUCAAGAGGUCACUUGGAUAUGGAAAUAAUGGGGAAGUUUUUCUUGAAGUUGUAACAUGGCAAUUGGACAUAUUUGAUCCUUGUCUAAAGAAAAAUAGAGUUCUUGGCCACCAGAGAAAUGGCUACUCUUUGCAAGCUUUUGCUUACAAAGAAAGCUUAGUCUCGUUAAAAAAGAACCCAUUUGUAAUUUAGUUUAUUGUUGAUGAAUGAUAAAGAUGGCUAUCAUUUUCACUCUU